AUGACUAGUACAGGUGUAUCCAUUCAUACGAAUCCUGCUGCCUUGUUUGGCGUAGAGGGACAGGUCGCUGUGGUCACAGGGGGUGGCACCGGUAUCGGACUCAUGAUUGCUACUGCGUUAGAGAACAAUGGUGCCACCGUGUACAUCAUUGGUCGGAGGCUUGAAGUUAUAGAAAAGGCUGCCAAGGAGAAUAACAGAUUCGGAAAGCUCAUCCCAUUACAGGGUGACAUCACGUGUCGUCGGUCUCUCACAAAACUCGUCGAGACUGUCAGAACACGCCAUGGCUAUAUUGACCUCCUUGUCAAUAAUGCCGGCAUCGCCCGCAAUAUUCUACCCUCGCAUUUACCAUCCCCGCUGGACGGCCCCGCAGAUGCCUCCCCAUCCAUCAAGGCGUUCCAAAGUGUCCUUUGGGAUACUGGAUCACCAGAAGGCUUUGCCGAGACGUUCGAUACGAACGUCACUGCCGUUUAUUUUACUACCGUCGCCUUCCUCGAGUUGCUUCACCUUGGCAAUUUAAGAAGGGGUGACCUGCCUCCUGUCAUGUCGCUGCGUCCACCGGUUUUCAACAAGGAGCCCUGUGAUGAUGUUUCGAACGAUCGAAGCUCCGCAUCCUUCAGUCCUUCAGUAGCCUCUCAUUCCUUUUCUCCAACAUCACCCUCACCUCUUGCGUCCCUUCCUGCAGGAUUGUCCUCCAUUAAUUCUACUCAGGCCACUCAUCCUCCGGAGAAAUGCAUUCCACAGCCGACAUCUCAAGUUAUCACCAUCUCCUCAUCUGGCUCCUUUCGCAUUGAUGCGCGAGUCCUAUCUAUCUCUUAUACGAUGGCAAAGAGUGCUUGCACACACCUCGGAAGGCUUCUUGCUAACCUUUUGGCUGAUUGGGGUAUUCGCUCCAACGUACUAUGCCCAGGUGUUUUUCCAAGCGAAAUGACAUCAACUCAACACCUCACACCUGCCCUUUUGGCUCAAGCUGUUCCUCUCGGGCGCGCAGGUGUCCUAUCUGAUAUCUCUGGUCCUAUUCUUUUCCUGGCUGGCCCCGCGGGAGCAUACGUUAACGGUGCUGUAUGGCUGGUUGAUGGGGGACGAGUUGGCUCUGUCGCUAGCUCCUACCACUGA